AUGUAUACACUUCCCGACAGCGACAGCGACAGCAAUAAAAUGGAAGCCCGCGCCUCCAUCCCCGUCUCCCUCCCCGUCCCAAAUCCCACAACAAGCUACUGGCAAGAUCCACCCAGCGCCAUUGCCUCGCACCAGAGCAGCGAGCUGCUGCCGGUAGAUGCUGAUGUUGUGAUUAUUGGGAGUGGGAUUACGGGCGCGGCUGUGGCUUGGGGUUUGUUGCUGGAGCGAGAGCUGGGGAAUGGGGAUGGGGGUGGGAAGGGGGGUGGGAAGAUCGUUAUGCUGGAGGCGCGUGGGGCUUGUUCGGGGGCUACGGGGAGAAAUGGAGGCCAUACGAAAGCAGCCAGCUACAGGAGUUUUCCAUCCAACGUCCAGACGAUGGGGCUCGCGGAGGCGAGUAAGAUAGCGCGGAUGGAGCUGGCGAACAUACGUGCCACGCAUGCGUUUGCUAAGAGGCAUGGGAUAGAAUGCGAGGCGAGGAGCUGCGAUACGGUGGAUGUUAUAUACGAUGAGGCGGAGUGGAAGCGGUGCGUCGAGGCUGUGACGCUGAUGAGGGAGGUGUUCACGCAGCCUGGUGAUAGCGAGGGCGUGGCGCGGUAUCAGCUGUGGAGUGCCGCCGAGGUGCGCGAGAAGUUUCUGGUGCAAGGCGAGGGCAUGAGGGGCGAGGAGGUGAGGGGGGCUGUUAGUUAUGAGGCGGGAAGUAUAUCGGCGUAUGCAUUUGUGACUGGUGUGCUUGAACUCUGUCUCGAACGAGGAUUGCAACUCUAUACCUACACGCCCGCUCUCGCUCUUACCAAAGCAGAAAGGGGGCAGGGGCAGGGGCAGGGGCAGGAUGGAAGUGGACAUGGGAAUUUGGAAAUAAAGACCGCGAAAGGGGUCCUGAGAGCGAGAAGGGUCGUGCUAGCGACGAACGGCUAUACAGCGCAUCUCCUGCCCGCCUUCCAGGGCAAAAUCGUCCCGCUCAGAGGCCAGGUUACGGCGCAUCGACCCGGUUCCGGCUUGCCGGUUGCUGGGCUUGACACGACGUACUCGUUUAUCUACGAGCACGGGUUCGAAUACAUGGUUCCUCGGCCUGCCGAUUCGCCUUUUCCCGGCGAUAUUGUGAUUGGGGGUGGGCUGGCGCGCGCUGUGGAUGGUGGUUUGGGUGAGUUUGGGGAGACUGAUGAUGGGGGGUUGAAUGGGGAGAUUAGUGCAUAUUUGGAGGAGACGACGAGGCGGUAUUUUGGGGGAGAGGUUUGGGGGGUCGAUGGGGAGGAGGGGAGGGUUCGCAGGGAGUGGACGGGCGUUAUGGGGUAUACCGCUGAUGGGUGCCCGUUUGUGGGCGGGGUGCCGGGGAUGGAUGGCGUGUGGAUUGCGGCUGCUUUUCAGGGGCAUGGGAUGGUGUUUUGUUGGGAGAGCGCGAGGGCGUUGGUGGGGAUUAUGAGGGGGGGCGAGGAAGAAGUGGAGGUGGGGGAAUGGUUUCCGGGGGGUUUUGGGGUGACGGGGGAGAGGUUGGCGAAGGUGUUUGAGGGGAGGUUGUUCUAG